AUGCCCGAGAUCCCCGGCCACAGGGUGCAGGGAGGGGCUGGCGGCAGUUCCCUCCCCACUGCACACCUGGGGCAGGCUCCAACCACCUGCAUCAGCCUCACGCACCCGCUGCACUCCUGCUCCCGAGGGUCACCCUCCUGUCAGCCCGGAACCGAGGGCUGGCUGUGCAGCGCUUGCUGCUGGGGCACUCCCGUGGGAGGCGUUUUAGAGGGCAAAGUGCUUAAGUUAAAGGAUGCUGGAGACGCAAAAAAGCAUUGUUUGCACGUCUUCGCCAUCGCCUUCGCCUUGGAGGUGUCGGUGGGGAAGACCAACACGGUGACAGCUCUGAAUAACUCCAAUGUCCUGCUGCCCUGCACCUUCACCACCUGCAUAGGCUUCCAGGACCUGGUCUUCACAUGGUAUUUCAACUCGACAGAGCUGAUUUACCACGGCAAGAUCAAGAACAAAGCCACGGAGCCCACCCGCAUCUGGCACAACCCGCGGGUGGAGUUUGUGGGCUCCACCACCAAGAAGGAGAACAACAUCUCCAUCGUGCUGAACGGCGUGGAGUUCAGCGAUGCCGGCAAGUACACCUGCCACGUCAAGAACCCCAAGGAGAAGAACGCCCAGCACAACGCCACCAUCUUCCUCACCGUGGUCCAUAAGAUGGUGGAGACGGACAACACUGUGACACUCAUCAUCGUGGGCGUGGUGGGGGGGCUCAUCGGCCUCCUCAUCCUCUUCAUGCUCAUCAAGAGGGUGGUCCUGUUCAUCAUCAAGAAGACGCAGGAUGGGAAGAAGGAGUGUCUGGUGAGCUCGUCAGGGAACGACAACACCGAGAACGGCCUGGCCGGCUCCAAGGCGGAACAAAAAGCACCACCAAAGGCAUGA